ACCAGGUUUAUCGUAGCAUCAAGCUGGCGUUGUUUAUGUAAUUGCUAUAAUUUUCCCGUCCAUUGAAAAACUGAUGCUACCUCCUGGUGUCUUCGCAUAACUGAGGUCGUGUAUAUAUUAGUUCCCAUAGUUGUAUCGUGAAGAAAGUUGAUCCCAAGACUUAGAGUGGUCAACGAGCACAUAUCUACCUAUAUAAUAACGAUCGCAAUCAUGCGUACCAUCUUCACCGUACUCGUAGCGGCCUUAGCCAAUACCGUAGCCGCGAGUCCUGCAGUACCGCGGCAAGCUUCUAACUACGUCGGUUACCUCAUCUCGACCUUUUCUGAUGUUAAUCCAAAGGUUCAAUUCCAUCUCUCAAACGGAAAUAGUGCUUCAAGCUUCAAGUUCUUGAACGGGGGAAAUGCUGUGCUAGCUUCAACAGUGGGGUCGAAAGCUGUUCGAGAUAUUUUCCUCGCCACAAACACUGCCAGGUCUGAGUAUUAUUUACUUGCUACUGACCUAGAUGUUAAAGCCUCGGGAUUCUCAUGGGACGUAGCUACCAGAAAAGGGAGCCGUGGGAUUGUCAUUUGGAAGUCAUCUAACUUAGUUGAUUGGUCAGAAUCGGUACUUCGAACGGUCGAAUUGGAUACCGCGGGCAUGGUUUGGGCGCCAUCAGCAGUAUGGGACGACGAAACCUCCCAGUAUUACCUAUUCUGGGCUUCGCGGCAAUACUCUGCUUCGGAUACAAACCAUACAGGGUCGGCUACACCUGAUGCGAUCCGCUACGCAGUUACGAGAGACUUCGUCACCUUCAGUGAGCCACGCGACUACAUGGCUCCUGCGAAUACCCCCUUGAUAGAUCAAGAAUUCCAAUACCUUGGAACGCCAGGAGCCUUCACUCGAUUCUACAAGAAUGAGACGACCAGCCAGAUCUCGCAGGAGAUCACUUCCGAUGGCCUUUUCGGCACUUGGACCCAUGUAGGCGACCAUAUCGCAACAACCUCUCAACGUGAAGGUCCGGCAUCGUUUGCCGACAACGUGACCCCAGGCCUCUACCAUCUAUUCCUCGAUGACUACACGCAGUACAUUCCGUACGAAACUACAGACAUCAGGUCGGCGGGAAGCUGGAAGCAGUCGAGCACGUCUGGAUUCCCUACAGGGUUGAAGCAUGGCUCUGUAACACCGUUAUCGCAAAAGGAAUAUGAUGCCUUAGCAGCGGCAUAUCCAGCGUAGGGUAUUACGGCCUGGACACUAGGAAAUUUUCAAAUGUAAAGUGUUUGCUUGUUAUCCAAGCACUAACCCAAGUUUUUAACCCUUUCACCUUUCAAUCUUUCUUUUGAAAAGGUGUAUGUAUAUGGCAAGCCGACGACUCGUUAACUGGGUCGAGACACAUGCUGGUUACAUUAAUACAGAUUGUUACUCAGCCUCUUUGUACGGGGAAGGCGAUAGCUAAAAUUGAACCAUACUAACAGAUUUCGGGGAACCUGUGCUAUACGACAUUCUGAUAUAGGACAUAAG